CUCGAGUCGCCAGGGAGGCCUGGGUGCGGCGGGGCUCCGUGGCCAUGGACGCCCACGCGGCGGCGGCCCUGGCGACCCCCAUGCGGCAGCGGCCCUGGCGCGGGGAGGAGCUCCUCGUGUGCCCGCAGGGCGGCGGCGGCCCCGCGGCGAAGCGGCCCCGGCUGGACUGCUGGAGCUGCUGCGAGGCUGCCGACCCCGAGAUGGCCGCCCUGCAGUUCCUGGUCAUGUCGCUGAGUCAGGCCUUCCCCCCCGCGGGGGGCGGCCGCGACCACGACCACGAUCUCAUCCUCCCGCUCCUGCCGAGUGCCCGCCAAGUGUGGGCUAGUUAGUGGCUGGACUGGCGUUGUCGCCGCCGCGGCACUCUCCCGCCCCCUCCUUUGCACGACGGCCUCCUCUCGUUGAGGCCCCGUUCCCCCCCCCCUUCUCCCUGCUCCGCUGCUGCUAACUAUGGCUCUUCCUCCCCCUCCCUCCCCUCUUCGUGCUGCUGUUGCCCUACUCGCCUGGGCUGCCAGUGCCCAGAGCGAGCAGCAGCGCCCCCGCAGUCCCGACGUCGUUGAGCCUUCGUGGAGCUCUCAGCCAGCCAAUCUCUUCCUGCCUCCCUGCGAGCGCGAACUGGAGUGCGCGAGGAGGACGACGAGGAAGUCCUCUGCUGGCGAAAACGAUUGCAGAGGCCAGUGCAGAGGCGCGCUGCCUCCCAGAGCAACAGGAGGUCUGCCCCCUAAAGGAGGAGGUCUUCGCUCGAGCGUCUACCAGGGCACGCUGCCCCCUGCGUCUCUUGGCUCCCCCCCCCACCUCCGGUCGCACGAGGUACUCGUGUGGAUCCGCAGCUCCGACGCGCCUCGGGCGCUGCCGCUGCCCGCGGCCUCGCUGCUGGCGGAGCUGGAGCUCUUCGUCGCGGACACCGCGGGCGCCGCCGCGGAGGCCCCCCCUGGCGCCCUGCCGUGGCGGGACCCCGGCUGCGCAGGCGGGCUGCCGUCGUACGUGGCUUGCCUGGAGCGCGGGUGCCUGGAGAACGCCGGCGCGCCGCUCAACGGCGGGGCCGCCUGGUCGCGCCUCGUGGAGGAGGCCUGCCAAGGAGAGCUGGCCGAGCUGGACCUUGCCAGUCCAGAUCGCGAAGUUCCUUCCUCUCGGCCGCAGCGUCACCAUCGCGAC